AUGGAUGAGGACACGUUAUUUGAAGAAUCUAUUUUGCAAAAGAUCAGCAAAGUGAAUGCAAACUCCGUUGUGUCAGACAUCUUCUCUGAAGAUGUAGCCAUUUCUGAUGAUGACCAGAUUGUUCAUGGCAUACCUGAAUCAAUGGUGUCGUGCUGGAAAAUGAAUAAUGACCGACUCAGUUCAAUCGAGAAAUUAAUUUUGGAAGAUAUCAUAUCUGAAAUUGAGAGAGAGGAAUCGCAGUCUGCUGAGAGUGCGUCAGGAGAGAAGGGAACGGAUCGUGUGCCGCAGGAGGACGAAGACUCUGAUGAAUAUUUAGAAGCUGAGAGGCAGUUCAAGCUUGAACUGAUGAAUCUGGAGAGGAGACUGAAAGAAGAGGAGGAGAAGAGGAUGGCGGAGCACAAAAUGAUGAAAGAGCGUCUUUUGAAGGAGCGCCAAGAGGAGGAGGAGAGGAGGAGACACAGACACAGAUACUUCGAAGACGAGCUGAAAAGAAUAGAGCAUGACAGCCUGACUCAGCACAUGAAACUGGAUGCAGAACAAAGUAAAGUAAAUAGGAAAAUUCAGCUGGAAUUAAUGAAACAACAGGAGCUGAUUGCCGGGCUGCAGAAACAUGUGGAGGAAGAGAGACAGGCCUUUGAGGAAGUGCAGGCCAAAGAGAGAGGAAACGCUGAUGAAAGACGCUGCAAAGCGGCAACAAAAAUCCAGGCCAGCGUUCGAGCAUUCCUCGUGCGCACGAAAAAUGUGGUGGUGCUGAGUGAAAGGAGAGAGGAGAGGAGGAGGAGGAAGGAACGGCUGGAGAAGGAGAGGAAGGAGAGGGAAGAAAUGGUCAGGAAGAAACUGGAGGAAGAGAGGACGAGACAAGAGGCAGAAAGAAGGAAAGUGGAAGAAGAGAGGAUGAGACAAGAGGCAGAAAGAAGGAAAGUGGAAGAAGAGAGGAUGAGACAAGAGGCAGAAAGAAGGAUGAGAGAGGAGGCAGAGAGGAGGCUGGAACGAACAGAGCAGAAGCGUCUGGUGUGGAUGAAGGCCUGCAUCCCCUGGACUAAACUCUCCCUGGAGAGUAAGAGGAAGCAGGUGGUGAAAACAAAGAUUGAGCUGAUCGCAGGGCUGCAGAAACAUGAGGAGGAGGAGGGACAGACCUGUGAGGAAGAGCAGGUGGAAGAGACGCGCUCGGUGGAGGAGAGGAGGACCACAGCAGCCACCAAAAUCCAGGCCAGAGUUCGAGCGUUCCUGGUGCGCAGGAAGUACAGGGCGCUGCUGAGGGAACGAAGAGAGGAGAGCAGGCAGAGGAGAGGAGAGCAGCAGCAGAAGGAGGAGCAGCUCAGGAAGGAGAGCAGCCUGAGGCAGUCUGCAGACGAUCUGACCUCUUCCAGGAACAUGUGUCUGCCUGACCUCACUGAGCAGAAGCGUCUGGAGUGGAUGAAGGCCUGCGUUCCCUGGACUAAACUCUCCUUGCAGAAUAAGAGGAAGCAGGUGGUGAAAACAAAGACUGUGAGAAGAGGGUCAGGGAGUUCUCUGCCACCUCUCAGCACAGACACCAUUCUUCAGCGUGGGACUGAGAGCUCGCUCAAACAGGUCACUACGGUUACACUGGAAGACUUGCCUGGCUGCAGUCUGUGCUCUCUGUCUGAGUGCGUGAGACUGCGGGUGCUGACCGUGCGCCGGUGUGGCCUGGAGGCGUUGGAGGGCCUCGGCGGAUGCGCAGAGCUCAGAUACAUCGAUGUCCAGGAAAAUGCCAUCAGGUUUGUGAACUGUCAGGGUCUGGCCAAUCUUCGCGUUCUUCUCCUGAGUCACAACCAGCUGACAUCCAUCCAUGGGCUGGAGGACGCUGCCAACCUUGAUGUGCUGGAACUGUCCCACAAUCGCAUCUCCCGCAUUAGUGGUUUGGCGCAUAUGAAGAGGCUUCAGAGAUUAUUAAUCGAUCAUAACCAGCUGAUCAGUACCAAAGGGCUGAGGGAGCUGUACCGCCUCCUGCACCUGGACUGCAGCUUUAACCACCUGACCAGCAUGGAGGACUCAGACAACUGUGCUCUGCUGCACACGCUGAGGCUACAGGGCAAUAAUCUCACAGAGCCCCCCAGGCUGAUGAACCAGGUCCUGAUGAGGGAGCUGUGUCUGAGUGACAACAUCAUCUCUUCGCUGGAGAGCCUGUCCGCCUCCUGGCUGCCUCUGCUGCAGCAGCUCUCUGUGGCGAAGAACAGCAUCACCCGUCUGCCUCCUCUGACCGGCUGCGUGUCACUGCAGAGGCUGGAUAUCAGCCACAACUGCCUUUCAGAGCUGGCUGACAUUCAGCGGAGUCUGCAGGGAUGCACGCAGCUCCAGGAGAUUCAGCUUUUUGGAAAUCCUUUCCAGCAGGAAAGCAACUGGAGGCCCUUGCUGCUGAAGUCGGUGCCGGGCUUAAGGAGGAUAAAUGGGGAAUGGAUCAGCUCUCUAGCGCCCCCCACAGACGGACCACCUCCUGGGAGCUUCCUGGCUUUCUGUCAGGCUCAGCUCCAGCAGCUGGAGGACAUGCAGGCGAGACACGCAGCCGAACUGGGACCCCCGCAGACCCCCGCAGAUCCCCGCAUAGGGGGGGUAUUGUGCAGAGCAGGCGGCCCCUGCGGCGGGCACUACCUGGGGCAGCAGAGGUCGCGUGCCCCCUGUCCCCUGGAUGUCCCGGCGAUCGCCGUUCAGCACUGUGAGGAGCUGCAGCAGUUAGCGGAGGAGCAGAGAUACGCGCAUGAGUUUGGGGAUGUGACCCUGACACACGGAGAGGAGCCAGAAUCUCCCAGCAGCCCCCAGGAGCAGGGGCCUGUGGAGGAGAACACCCAGGACCCGGGCCGAGUCUCCCGAAAACGCACCUCCCCCCCCCCGGCUCGGCCUGGCAGCCAGGAUGCUGGGGAGGAGGACAGAGACCUAAAUGGGGUCAGGGAAAGCGCAGACACAGCCGAUACGCCCCGAAAGUGCGCCCCUGCCAAACCAGCCAGGAGGGCACAACGGCUAGACCUCAGAAGCAUGGCGGCUGUGGUCAUUCAGAGCUGCUGGCGAGGACACAGAUGCCGCAGGACGGCGCUGUUGCAGCCUGCUGGGCGGGGCGCUGCGGGGGAGAGCGGCGUGGGGGAGAGCGGCGCGGGGGAGGGCGGCGGGGGCGAGAGCGCCGGCCCAGACGUUACCGCUGACCGCCCCUCACACAGCGAGCAGCAGGCCGCGGGGGAGGCGCGUCUGGAACGGGGGCGGGCGGCCACCAUCAUCCAGGCUGUGUGGAAGGGCUACAUUCUGCGGAAGAGGCUGGCUUCUGCACUGGCUGCUGUGAGAGUCACUCAAGCGGACGAAGACUUUGAAGAGGUGGACAUGGAUGAAUUUUUAUUUGACGAGGCUGCGUUGGAGAGGGACUGGAUAACCCUGGAUUCCGAGGGCUCGCCUCCCAAAUCUCUGCCAUUCUGUGAGCAGCCGCUGUGGCCAAAGCCCCCCCCACAACAGCCCACCCAGCGGAACAGUCCCACUGCGUUGCCAUGGCAGCCUAUCCAGGCGUGGCCAGGAGACGAGAGUGAGAGAACAGUGCACUCAAGAUGUAGCAUCUCACCUGAGAGACCAGAGGACACCCACAGAACACAAUCUCCAGCGGCAAGUGGGUUUGGAGAGCUAUCCGAGAAAUCGGCCAGAAUUCUAAAAGAGUGGGGAAUAAGGGACAGAACCACAGCUCAUCUAAUGCUGAAGAGAGCGCAGAAAAUGAGACCAAAGAAGAAGAAAGACAGGAAAUUAGGGGAUCCAGCUGUGUGUCUGGAUUUAUUCAGGAGCAGCGAAAAUAAACAGAUGCCCAUCAAAGUUCCAAAGAGAAACCACCCAGAAAAAAUGCACCCCUCUAAAGCUCGUGAGGAAGACGCAGCAGCUCAGCAGGCAGUGAGGUCAGACUGGACCCAGCAGUGGCUGCAGGCACAGGGGGGGCAGACUGGCAGGAGCUCCACCGCUGUGGAGAGUGUGUCUGCGCUCUCCCGCUGCUGGCAGGCCGGGCCAGGACCCCGAGACGAGCCGCUUGAAGAGAGUCCGACCAAGACCAGCACCGCUGCUGUGUCUCCACCUCGCAAAGAACACAAUCAAACACGAGCAGACUCAGGGGGACAAGCAAAUAAAGAUGCCCUUGGUCCUAUGCAGUCCACGUCUGGCCCCGUCAAAAAAGAGCGCAUUUCAUUCCGGGACAACCCAGUUCAGCUCAGUAUCGGCUGGGGAGGAGGGAAAAAGAGGUCCAAACCCAUCAAGUAA